AUGCUUGGGUUUCUAUUGGUGCUUUGCGGCCUUUCCAUGGCACAUGCCGGGGCUGACCCCCUGAGCUGUUUGGCAUGUCUUGGAGGGCAGGCAGCAUGCUAUGCGAACACGUGCAAAGGCGUUUGUGGUGCCAACCUCAGCGCAACGGAAUGCGUAUCAUGUGUCGCCGCAGCCGGGGCAACCUGCGGUUCGUCUGGCAGUGCUUGCAGCAUCGGGUGCUCCAUUGAUGACAUCACGGACAACAUCAUGUCCUUCAAGACGCUUUUGACCACAGCUGCCAAAUCUAAUUCGUCUGAUUCCUCUCAUCGGGGCUUCAUGGUCACACCAGGGACAACUCGUAGUGCUGCUUGCUAUGAGAGCCAGGAUCUGAUGAAAACUUGCGGUACUCAGUGCUACUCAAAUGCAGACCGGGCACAAUGUUCAGCAACUUGUUUGGAGGGGAAGGGCGUCGCCGCCUUCUGUGCCAGCUGCAUCGGGAAGAAGAUUCAGUGUACUGUUGGGAAUUGCUUGGAUUUUUGCGCAGGUGAUGCCAACAGCAGGGCCUGCCGUUCAUGUGUCUCUCGGACAUGUGGCUCCUGCAAUUCAGUGAAGUCCUCGGAGGAGCCAGAAACAAGUUUUGCUUUGGCACUGGCAGCCGUGGCCGGAUCUGUCGUCAACGAGAUGGAGAAAGACUUUGACUUGCUUGGCAUUACAGCGGUCGAAGACAAGAUUCAGAUUGGCGUUCCCGAGACGGUGCAACCUUCUUUUGUUCCUUACACCUUACAUGACGCAGCAGGGCGGUCUUGUGUGUCUCAUGCUUACUGGCUGAGAUAUCACAAUGAUAAUGCCGCACAAUUGUUGGCCACAGGGUUUGUUUCAUAG